AGUUUUCAUAUUUUCAAGUUGCAACCACAAAAAGUAAAUUAAGAUACAAAAUCUUGUCAGGAUGAUAGGUUCCUUGAUGUUAACCAGGAAUGCUGGCAAGUUGCUGCUUUCCAGUGCCCCAGUGAUCCAAGGCCAGUGGCUGCGUGGCCAGAAGACCAUGCCGGUUUAUGGGUAUCCCUGCCCGGAUCCUCCGAAAUGGGGUUACUCGGCCUUUGGAAGGGAUCAGAAGACCUGGGGAGAGUGGACCUGUGCCAGGUUGGAUGACCUUCUGAACUGGGGUCGCAAGGGUUCCCUCUGGCCGGUGACCUUUGGCCUGGCCUGCUGCGCCGUGGAAAUGAUGCACAUCGCAGCUCCUCGAUAUGACAUGGACCGCUAUGGAGUGGUUUUCCGGGCUUCACCUCGUCAGGGAGAUGUGCUGAUCGUGGCCGGAACGUUGACCAACAAAAUGGCACCGGCUUUCCGGAAGGUUUAUGACCAGAUGCCGGAACCCAGGUGGGUCAUCUCCAUGGGCAGUUGUGCCAAUGGAGGUGGCUACUAUCAUUACUCGUAUUCGGUGGUUCGUGGCUGCGAUCGGAUUGUCCCGGUGGAUAUAUACGUGCCCGGAUGUCCGCCCUCCGCUGAGGCCUUAAUGUAUGGAAUCCUACAGCUGCAGAAGAAGGUCAAGCGCAUGAGGACCUUGCAGAUGUGGUACAGGAAGUAACUUUAUAGACUUUUUAGAGAGUUGAGUAAAUAAAAGAUAAGGGAGCAGCGGUAA